GCCUACCAGAAGUGGUAGCGUCUGUUAUAGCAUACCGCGUGUCAUUUCCUUUUUUUUUUUCAGUCGGGCCAUGAUGCGCUCAUCAAGACUUCGGCACGUUGCCAGUUGUAACGGAGCUGCACUUGAUGAGCUCGUUAUUCACGCCUGUGUGGGUGUAAUUCGCAAUCCAAGUCGUGGCAUUCUGCAAGGUGAGCCGGAGUGGUCGUGCAAGCUGCUUCUGACGGAAUGUGGUAGCUCUGCCCGCUUGCCGCCAAGCCCGUCUACGGUGGCGGCGCAGCAAGUUUUUCAGCUUCGUUGCAGAGGCGCUGCAAUGGCUGGGUAUUGCUUUGCCAACUUGAACGAGGGCGAGGUGAUCCACGUGGUGUCGAAACUCAUUCACAAGCCUCGUUACGUGCCGGUGCACGAGGCGUAUUUUACGACCACUGAACUGCUGGUGACGGACUCUCUCGGCUCCAUCACGAGUGUUGCGCAGCUGCGGAGAUAG